AUGGGUAUUAAGGAUAAAGUAAAGAGAGCCUCUAAGAUUUUCACCUCCGACUCUAAGGAAAACAUCUCUGAAGUCAAGCCAGAAUCUGAAGAAGUUGCUGCCACUGAACCAGUUGAAGGUGAAGUCGCUGCUGCUGAACCAGUUGAAGGUGAAGUUGAACCAGCUGUUGCAGCUGAACCUGAAGUUGCCGCCACUGAAGUCCCAGCUGAAACUGAGGCUGAACCAGUUGUAGCUGAAGCCGAAGCCACUGAACCAGAAGUUAAGGAAGAAAUUGUUGAACCAUCUAAGGAUUUAACUGCUGAACCAGAAGCCGCCACCGAAGAAGUCCCCGCUACUGAAGAAGCUGCUACUGCUGAACCAGCCGAAACCGAAGCUGAAGCUAAGAAGGAAGUUGCAGGAUCAUCUGACAAGGUUAGCAAGGAAGUUAAGAAGAACAAUUUCUUCAAGAAGCUUUUGGCUAAAUUUAACAAGCCAACUACUGCUACUAAGUAA